CUCGCUUAUAUGCGCGAUGAUGUGCCCUCGGUUCUUGUCAGAGCACAGUCCCGUAGGCGCCACGAUCUGCUUUUUGGAGACGCCGCCGAUGCCACUGAUGCCGCCGAUGUGUACGGAGUAUGUGUUGGUUGUGGUUGUAGGGAAAACCCAUCGGCCGCUCGGCCCCCCAAAGCAUCUACGAUCGGCACAAAGUCCCCUCGAUCCACCACUUUCCUUAGGAAAUCACAUUUCCACAACAGCACAAAACACAAUCGUCGCUCUUUGUCAACUCACCCUCUUCUCGUCUACAACCACGUUGGUUGACAAUUCUACUGCGCCUUGUUACCCCGUGCAAGACGCCAGAGGCCCAGAUUCUUUCGGCUCGCGGCCAUUCCGAAUUCGCGUCAUCAUUUCUUAUUCGCCUGUGCAAACCACGCGCCGUGGUUGGUCCUGCCCAAAAUUGAUGGUGUUUCAUCAGCGGCCUUGUUGGUAAACCCGCGACACUGCCACGGUUUGAUCGACAUUCCUUGUCAGUCUUUCUGCUUUAUCCGGACCAUGCUUGCAAGGACAUUAUUCUCUCACGCUCUGGAUUGAUAAAUCAAUCACUUUAAACACCCUCAAUCUCUGCUCAUUUCCCAGGUCCGCAACCCAUCCGUCGUCCAAACAUGGCCGACAUUUACACUAGUUUUCACCAAUUUCAACAACAUUCCAUUAAGCGGAAGAGACAUAUCGAUGAACACAAUGAUUCAUUGUUUGGCCGAGAUGUUAAGCGACGAUCAACCCAUGUACUACCUAUUCGGUUGUCCCCCGCCAGACCUCAAAUUCACGUGCCGGCAACGACCUAUUCUUCACCCUUGACUUGCAUCUAUCAACAGCCCCCCACUCCCGUCGAUACAUCUGAAGAUGAGUCUCUCGAUGGACCCGAAGAUGCCUCUUCCUGGCCCGUCAAAGCACCAACAACCCAUCCCUCCGAUCCUCAACCUAGCAAGAACAGCAGCAUUUCAUCACUAAAGGGACAGCCAGAAGUCAUGACGGAUACGGACAUGGAUCUUUGCACGCCAUCGUCGUCCUCGUCGUCGCUUUUUAUGCCGAGAAUCCGGCGUGCCCGGUCAAACGACAUUAUUCCCCCACAUCGCGACCCCUCUCUCUUAAGCGCAAUCGACUCUAUUGGCAGGGACCGAGUGCCAACUCCGAUCAACAGCCAUUUCGACAAUCGGCUCUCGGAUCUACCAUCUGUCCCUCGCCACCAAUUUCCCCCUCUUCGGACCAAUCUCAGUCCCAUGUUUGAGCAGGAAUCAUGGAUCACAAGAGAUGGCCUCCCCAGUCCAGUGGAGGAUCAAGAAAUGGAGGGCAUGAUGAUGGUGGACUCUACCAAUGAUUCGAUGAGCGGACUACGUGUGGAUGAUUGCUAUGAUCAUUUUGCAGGACCUGGUCAAGCUAAGGCUGACUCAAACUCCAGCCCUAGCCGCUCGCGGCCUGCACGGCUCCACAUGGGAUUUCUUAAUGGAUGCGACAAGUGUAUCCAGAGGGUUCCUGGCCAUUACAGUCACAUCCUACGAUCGUAGGAAGAUGUACCUGGGCACAGGGCACCCACCAUUUGGUUGAGACGUGUUUACACAAACCAUGACGAGAUAUGAGAGUACGAUAGCGAGACAUUGUUUUUUUUUGGAUGACGGUAUGGCAUUUGGGAUUCGGCAUGAACCGGAUGAGAGGCAUGACAGGAAAAUGGCUCUCGAGAUGAGUUAGAAUUGGUAUUGAUAUGAUGCACAUGAC